GCAAAAAUAAAUAUAUUUGGUCAUGGGUGCAUCUUAUCUACAUACAUGCACAAUACAACAACGUCGUGCAAUAUUUAGUAGAAUCCACAUCUUAUUACAUUUUUCAGCCAUAUUAGGGUUACUUUACUAUAGAAUAAAACAUUUAUUCCAAGGAGAUGUAUCAAUUAUUUCAUGGGGACUUAUUACAAUUUCUGAGCUUAUUUUCACUUUAAUAUGGUUAGUUACACAAUCCUUCCGUUGGCGCCCGGUGGCUCGCUCCGUCAUGCCAGAAAAUCUUCCGGCGGAUCAUACUGAGUUGCCCGGCGUCGACGUGUUUAUAUGCACGGCUGAUCCUACUAAGGAACCGGUUGUUGAGGUUAUGAAUACGGUUUUAGCAGCUAUGUCACUUGAUUAUCCACCGGAAAAACUCUCCGUUUAUCUCUCCGAUGACGGUGGCGCUGCCGUGACGUUGUUUGCUAUAAAGGAGGCAUGUGGAUUUGCUAGGAUUUGGGUGCCUUUUUGUAGGAAAUAUGGAAUAAAGACUAUUUGUCCCGAUGCAUUUUUCUCUUGUUUUGGUGAUGAUGAACGUUUGAUGGGAGGAAAUGAAUUCAAGAAUGAAGAGGAAAAUAUUAAGGCCGCAUACGAAGUAUUCAAGAAAAAUGUAGAGAAAGCCAGUAGCGUUGAAGGGUCCGUCAGAAUGGAUCGACCUCCAUACAUUGAGGUGAUACAUGAGAAUAAGGAAAGCAAGUUACCACUAUUAGUUUAUAUGUCACGUGAGAGGCGACCAUCGCACCCUCAUCGUUUCAAGGCUGGAGCCUUAAAUGCUCUUCUUAGAGUUUCAGGAAUAAUGAGCAAUGCACCAUACAUGCUUGUUUUGGAUUGUGACAUGUAUUGCAAUGACCCUUCCUCAGCCAAGCAAGCAAUGUGUUUUCAUCUUGAUCAAAACAUUUCUACUACUCUUUCCUAUGUACAAUUCCCUCAAACCUUUUAUAAUGUUAGUAAAAAUGACAUAUAUGAUGCUCAAUCAAGAUCCGCAUACAAGAAUAAGUAUCAAGGGAUGGAUGGAGUAGGAGGGACCGUUUGUGCAGGCACAGGCUAUUAUUUGAAGAAAGAAGCAUUAUAUGGUAGUCCAAUUAACCAAGAUAAUAUGACUCCACUUUUUCUAAAAGCUCAAUCAGAAUACAAGUGGGAAUCUCAAUUGUAUCAAUCAGAGGAGUCACUUCAAGAGGCAGAAGAAAAGUUUGGUGCAUCUAGAAAGUUUAUCAAUUCUAUUAACUCUUUGAAUGAUCAAAGAAAUGGAAGGGAGAUUAUUUUAUGUGAUGAUAUUAUAGAUGAAGCUAAAACUCUUGCUUCUUGCACCUUUGAAGAAAAUACAAGCUGGGGUAAAGAAAUAGGGUAUUCAUACAACAGUUUACUUGAGAGCUCAUACACAGGGUAUCUCUUGCAUUCUAAGGGUUGGAAAUCAGUAUAUCUUUAUCCAAAGAGGCCAUGCUUUCUUGGUUGUAGCACCAUUGAUAUGAAAGAUGCUUUGGUCCAACUCAUGAAGUGGGCUUCUGGGCUAGUACAAGUUGGGCUUUCAAAAUAUAGUCCACUCACUUAUGGGCUCAUGUCAAGAAUGCCUUUAGCCCAAAACAUGUGUUAUGCAUACUUCAUGUUCUCACAUUUUCUAUCCAUUCCUUGCAUCCUUUAUGGCAUUGUUCCACCCUUGUGCUUCUUGAUGGGCACUCCAGUGUUUCCCAAGGUGACAAGCCCAUGGUUUGCACUAUUCACAACCAUAUUCUUAUCAUCUCUGAGUCAACAUUUAUAUGAAGUCUUGUCUAGUGGUGACAACUUGAGGACAUGGUGGAAUGAACAAAGAAUUUGGAUAAUAAAAACAGUCACAGCUUGCUUAUUUGGAUGCUUAGAUGUUUUAAUGAAGUGGUUAGGUGUUGCAAAGGCAAAUUUCAGGUUAACAAACAAAGCCAUAGAUGAAGAGAAAUUAAGGACAUAUGAAAAGGGUAAAUUUGAUUUCCAAGGUGCUAAGUUGUUCAUGGUUCCUUUGACAUUUUUAGUGGUGUUUAAUGUGGUGUGCUUCAUAUUUGGAAUGAAAAGAUUGGUCUUAGAGAGGAACUUUGAGGAGAUGUUUGGACAAGGCUUUCUUUCUUUUUAUGUUUUAGUUCUCAGUUAUCCUAUAUUAGAGGGUUUAGUAGUAUCAAAGAAAGACAAGUAAAAAAAUUGUU